AUGGCAGCCCGAAGAAAAAGUUCCCCUACUAAUCCUCUUAAUCCAGACAACCAAGGCUCAGAAAAAAAACCACUAAUUCCUUUGCCACCUCUUCCAGAAAAAGGAGAGAAAUCGGGCCUUAAAGUAACGGAUGAUGCCCCAAAGCCAGGGGCUAAACCGUCAGAAUUGAACAAGGGAAACGAUAAUAAAGACAAAAAAGAACAAUCUAAACCAAAAGCCCAGAGCAAUAAAAUUCCUCUACCGGUCAUAGUAUUUUUGGCAUUAACACCAUGA